UAGAUACUCUAUUGCCCCGACUCACCUCCCAGGCCGCGCGAUAUCACUACUUACUGAGUGUCUGUCGUUCCGCACGCAGCGCUAUGGCUACAGCUACAGUCUCAGAGGGCACGAUUCCCUUCAUACAUCAAGGGGAGACAUACCAGACAUUCUACAAGGUCUUCGGAGACCUGAAGAACCGCACCCGCGCACCCCUUAUUGGACUACACGGCGGCCCCGGCCUGGCGCACGACUACCUUAUUCCCCUCGGCGACCUUACGUCCAGCGCGUCCGUCCCUGUCAUCCUCUAUGACCAGAUCGGCGGGGGCCGCUCGACGCACCUGCCGAAGAAGUCGAAGGAAUUCUGGACGAUCGACUUGUUCCUCGAUGAACUCGUCAACCUUCUCAACCACUUCGGGAUCCAUGAGGAGUUCCAUUUGAUAGGGCAUUCAUGGGGAGGGAUACUGGCGACGGAGCUCGCAGUGCGCCGGCAGCCGGCGGGGCUGAGGAGUCUGGUGCUGACGAAUUCCCUGGCGAGUUAUGCGCUGUGGAUGGAGUCAAAUAUCAAGCUCCUGCAGGCGUUCCCGCCCUGGGUGCUGGAGGGUAUGGCGGCGGGAUACGGGGACAAGGCCAAGUUGCUGUCGUCGCUGAAGGAGUUCCAUCUGAAGCAUGGGUGCUUCCUGAAUCCCCAGCCGAAGGAGUUCACGGGCACCCUGGAGGACCUCUUUGCUGACGACGACCGGAUCGUAGUGCCGGCGACGAUAUCCGCGCCGGACGGGGAGUUGGCGUCUUGGACGAUCGUCGACAGGCUGCAUCUGAUCCGGGUACCUACCCUCGUCAUCAACGGAAGGAUGGACGUCGCGCAGGACUUCGUGGUGCGGCCUUUCUUCGAGAAGAUACAGAAGGUGAAGUGGCGUACCUUUGAGUCGUCGAGCCAUACGCCGAUGUGGGAGGAGAGGGAGGCAUUCAACCAAGAGGUGCUCGCUUUCCUGGAUAUGAAAUUUGUAUGAGCGCGACCUGAAUGUAUGAUAUUGAAUGGGGACUCUCCUUGAAUACUUGUUUCUGGUCAAACCACGAUGAGGCAUCGAGCUAGGUUGUAACAAACCUGAUGUACGGUGUCAAGAGUCUGAAUGACUGGUUGGUGUGUUGUUGUAUGUCGUAAUUUUCUGAAACUGGUUUGGAAUCAGCCUGUACGCCUAUAGCAAGCACAGCUGCACACUGCCUUCAGCGGGCAGAAAGAACGCUGCCGACGCUCGGUCUAGUAGGCAGUGAACUAAUGACGGCUUCAAUCUGUCGGAGUGGGAUGGCGCAGAGACGCGCAUACUUAAUGUUAUGCGCAUUCCACCACUGGUGGUGGAGUAUAUAGCCCAGUGAGUCGAAAACUACGAAAGCAGACUGGUAGAGCACAAGGUUUCUGUUAUUCAGCACAACUGACAACGAGAUGAUGAUGGUUGAC